AUGGCGCCCAAAGUCACAGACCAGACACUCCAAGACAAAGAGAAUGCCCUGUUUGACGACACGGUUGAUGUCGAGGACCGCAACGACGCGUCGACAGCUCGCGUGGUGGACCACAUUGCCGAGCGGCAGUUGUGCCGCAAGUUCGACGUGCGACUGAUGCCGGUGCUGGCCAUCAUGUAUCUAUUCAAUGCCUUGGACAAGGGCAACCUUGGCCAUGCCAAAACCGCAGGCCUCGAUCGUGACCUCAACUUCAAGAAUCACCAGUAUAACCUGACCAUCUCCAUCUUCUUCGUCCCCUACGUGGUGUUUGCGCCGCCCGUCGCCAUCAUCGGCAAGAAGUUUGGUCCUGCGCGCGUGCUGCCCAUUCUCAUGUUUAUCUUUGGCUCCAUGACACUCCUCUCGGCAGCCGUGCACAACUUUGGCGGUCUCUUUGCCCUGCGCUUCUUCCUUGGCGCCGCCGAGUCCGGCUUCUUCCCGCUGGUCAUCUACUACCUGACUACCUUCUACCGACGUGGCGAGCUGGCCCGGCGCCUGGCGGUCUUCUACGCGGCGUCGAACAUUGCCAAUGCGUUCUCCGGCCUCCUAUCGUUUGGCGUCUUUCACAUUGAGUCCAGGCUGUUUGUCUGGCGCUACCUGUUCAUCAUCGAGGGCGCUGCGUCCGUGCUCUUCGCCAUCUUUGCGUUCUGGUACCUCCCGCGCUCGGCGGCCGAGUCAUGCUUCCUGGGCGCCGAAGAGAAGGCGCUCGCUUUCCACCGUAUCCAAGUCGACUCGUCCUCGACCGUGUCCGAGGCGUUCAACCUGAAAGACUCGAUCAAGAUCUUCAAGUACCCGACGACUUACGCCUUUUUAAUGAUCGAGAUCUGCCUCGGCGUGCCCAUCCAGAGCGUCGCACUGUUCAUGCCGCAGAUCAUCUCGCGACUGGGCUACGGUGUCAUCCAGACGAACCUCUACACUGUCGCCCCCAAUGUCGGUGGCGCGGUCAUGCUACUCAUCUUAGCGUUCAGCUCCGACUUUCUGAGGAUCCGAUUCCCCUUUAUCAUUCUUGGCUUUGCACUGACGUUUAUCGGCUUCAUUGUCUACGCGUCCAUCUCGGACGUCCAGGCGCAGCUGCAGGUUGCCUACUUUGCCACGUUCAUGAUGGUCUGGGGCACGUCAGCGCCGUCUGUCCUACUGUCAACGUGGUACAACAACAACAUUGCGCACGAGGGUCGUCGUGUGGUGCUCACGUCUGUCGGCGUGCCCCUGGCCAACAUUAUGGGUCUGGUGUCGAGCAACAUCUUUCUGGAGAGGGAGGAGCCCAAGUACCUCACGGCGCUGAUCACGACGGCCAUCUUUGGCAUGUGCGGCUGUCUGAUUGCUGGCCUGCUGGGUAGCUACAUGACGUGGGACAACUGGCGGAGGAACAGGAAGGCUGGCGUCAAGACGACAGCGAGGGAUGUGCCGACGCUGAAGCUGAGGGAGGGGCCGAGCGUGCCCGAGUUCCGGUGGUUCCUCUGA